AUGGACAGCCACAACUCCGUCAAUUCACAUAGCCACGACCGGUUCAUAAACCACACAACUUCUUAUCUCAGUAUUGCCUCCUCGCUUGUUUCUCCUGCUACUUUCUUUGGCAGCCAGCGGUACACUCGUCCCGCCGUCUCAUCCCGCAAGGCAGCACGUCGCCCCUCAGCCCGCAGCAUCAUGGACAAGCGACACCAACCUAGCUCGUUCCAGCAGCUGGAGAAGCUUGGAGAAGGAACAUAUGCUACCGUAUUCAAAGGACGAAACCGCCAGACCGGCGAGAUGGUUGCUCUAAAGGAGAUACACCUUGACUCUGAAGAGGGUACCCCGUCCACGGCGAUAAGGGAGAUCUCGCUCAUGAAGGAGCUGAAGCAUGAGAACAUCGUUGGCCUACACGACGUCAUUCACACCGAGAACAAACUCAUGCUGGUCUUCGAGUACAUGGACAAGGAUCUGAAGAAGUACAUGGACGUCCGUGGGGAUCGGGGUCAGCUAGACUACGUUACGAUCAAAUCAUUCAUGCACCAGUUGAUGCGGGGCAUCGCCUUCUGCCACGACAACAGAGUCCUUCACCGUGAUCUAAAACCGCAGAACCUCCUCAUCAAUAACAAGGGACAGCUGAAGCUUGCUGAUUUCGGUCUGGCACGCGCGUUCGGUAUCCCAGUCAACACUUUCUCCAACGAGGUUGUCACGCUCUGGUACAGAGCUCCAGACGUGCUGCUGGGCAGCAGGACAUACAACACCAGCAUCGACAUCUGGUCCGCUGGCUGCAUCAUGGCUGAGAUGUACACUGGCCGCCCGCUCUUCCCCGGCACAACGAACGAGGAUCAGCUGCAAAAGAUCUUCCGUUUAAUGGGCACUCCCUCCGAGCGAUCGUGGCCUGGAAUAUCCCAAUUCCCAGAAUACAAGCCAAACUUCCAUGUCUACGCAACCCAGGACCUGCGGUUGAUUCUACCCCAGAUCGACCAGCUGGGUCUGGACCUGUUGAGUAGAAUGCUCCAGCUGCGACCAGAGAUGCGAAUCAGCGCCGCAGAAGCCCUUCGACACCCUUGGUUUAACGACCUGAAUCAGCUGCAGGCUCAGCAGGCGCAACACCAAGCUCUUCAUAACCAUCAGCAGCAGCAACAGCAACAGCAGGCACAGAUGGCUGCUGGAUACGCUGCCCCCGGGCUCGUUUCGCAGAACUAUUGA